AUGGCACACGCCCUCGCAAUAUGCUCUGAGGCCAGUGUGGAGAAUCAAAGUGAACAAGGAAGGACCAUGCCUCUGUCUAAACCAGAGAAGCUGUUAGAACAUGAGCUCAGCUGCCCUAUCUGCCUAGAGCUCUACACAAAUCCGGUUUAUCUGCCCUGUGGCCAUAACUACUGCCUUGCCUGCAUUAACGCUACAGACGCCAGCAGUGGAGAGAAGAGCCUGCCUCGCUGCCCUGAGUGCAGAGAAGAGUACAGUGGUACAGAGACACUGCACAAGAACUUCAAGCUCUGCGGCAUCAUAGAAGGCUACAGGGCCAUUGCGCUAGUGGAGAACCUUGGGGAGAGCCACUGGAGGCACCUGCAGCGCCACACUGAUAGGGAAUCCUUCAGGAGCCAUGACCUGGUGGAGCCCCAGACUAAGCUGGGCCUGAGGAGCUGUGCUAUCCAUGGACGCCUGCUGGAGUACUUCUGUGUCAGCGACAUGACCUUCCUCUGCGCCUCCUGCUUCAUCAAGGGCACCCACCAGAAUCACGAUGUCCUGACUAUUGAGGUGGCUGAGGAGGAGAUGAGGCGGGUCCUAGAGAGCCGGAGCAAGGAGGUGGCCAACAGGCUGCAGCUGACCGAGACACUGCUGCAGAGGGCUGCUGAGGACCAGGGCACCUCUGAUGCUGUGGGGGACAAGCUGAUGUCUACUGCUGUGGCCCUAAUGGACAGCAUGGCUGGUCUGGUGAGCAGGUACAGAGACAGGAUGAGCCUGCUGCUGGAGGAGGAGAGAGGCCAUCAAAGGAAGAUCUGGCAGAGUGGCCUGGGGCUCCUUGAGGAACAGCAGAAGGAGCUGAUGGAGGCCAACCAGAGCUCUGCCGAGGUCCUCUCAGUGACUGAUAAGCGUCUGUUCAUCCACAGGUUCCUGCUGAUCGAAUCCCAGCUCACGGAAGUGGUGACAGGCACUGUGGCCAUAGUGCUCUCCAAAGAGCCUCUCAACACCAAGCGGCUUCAAGCCAGCCUGAGGAUGAAUGACUUCAGGGCAGAAAUGGGGCAGCUCCUCCAGGCCCUCAAUGUCCAGCUCAAUCCUCUGGAGUUGACCUUCAACAUCACAACAGCGCACACCAGCCUGCUGCUCUCCAAUGACCUGCGGACAGUCAAGUACAUUGGCAUCAAGCAGGCCUCCACUGAUAACCCAGAGAGGUUCAGUACCGCGCCCCAGGUCCUCUGCUCCCAGAGCUUCACAAGUGGGGAGCACAUCUGGGUAGUGGAGGUGGGCGACCAGAGCAUGUGGUCAGUGGGCUUGUGCUACAAGAGUGUGCCCAGGAGGGGUGACCACAGCCGGCUGGGCCACAACCCAGUCUCUUGGCGUCUGCAGUGGAAGAACAAGAAGCUGACGGCGUGCCAUGCCUCCUCAAACAUGGCGCUGGUUGAAAAGACCAAUCAGCCGCUGAGGGUGGAGGUGGCACUGGACUAUGAGGGGGGCACACUGAUCUUUCACAGCACCAAGGGCUGUCGGGAGCACCUGCACACGUUUAGGGCUGUGUUCAGAGAACCUGUGUACCCUGCGUUCAGCAUCCACUCCAUCACAGCACAGUCCUGGAUCACCCUCCAGAAUGGAGUGUGA